GUAACGGGGUAUUAAAUAACGGGGUAUUAAAUAACGGGGUACUAAGUAACGGGGUAUUAAAUAACGGGGUACUAAGUAACGGGGUAUUAAAUAACGGGGUACUAAGUAACGGGGUAUUAAGUAACGGGGUACUAAGUAACGGGGUACUAAGUAACGGGGUAUUAAGUAAUGGGGUCCAUAUAACGGGGUAUUAAAUAACAGGGUACUAAGUAACGGGGUAUUAAGUAACGGGGUACUAAGUAACGGGGUAUUAAAUAACGGGGUACUAAGUAACGGGGUAUUAAAUAACGGGGUACUAAGUAACGGGGUAUUAAAUAACGGGGUACUAAGUAACGGGGUUUUAAGUAACGGGGUACUAAGUAUCGGGGUAUUAAGUAACGGGGUACUAAGUAACGGGGUAUUAAAUAACGGGGUACUAAGUAACGGGGUUUUAAGUAACGGGGUACUAAGUAUCGGGGUAUUAAGUAACGGGAUAUUAAGUAACGGGGUACUAAGUAACGGGGUAGGCACUCGGGUGGACUUGGUAAGACGUAAGGAAUUGGUUAUUGAUCUGACCUUAGAUUCUUAAUCUUUAGCUGAUAUUUGCAGCUGGACAGUUUAAAGAAAACAUAAUGAAUUUAUUAUGAUCCAAUUUCUGUCAGCAUAGGAAUAGAAACAGAAGAAAACCAAACUGGGAUAGUUUUAAAGUGAUGAAAAAUGUACAUACAAAUAAACCGAUAAAUGAAUUAAAUUCAGAAAUUAGUAAAUGUAUUAUUAAUACAUUUACAGACAGAAUGAAGUUCAUCCUCCAUAUGUUACGCUGCAACCUAGUCGAGAAAAAAAAAGAAACAAAUGAAUAGUUUUGGAUGGAUAAUAAUAAAUAAAGUAAAAGAUGUAGGAAUAGAUAAGUUUCUAAUUAGUCCUGUGGUUUUUAUUCCUGUUAUUCCAUCAAGGAUCUUUGGACUGAAGUUGAUUUAAACUUACAGUUAGAAAAAAUGGAGGUGGAAAGUUAUAUAAAAAGAGAAUAUUCAGAGUAUUACAAAUAUAUACAGAUGCUUCUAAAAUGUUAAAUGAUAGAGUAGGUAUAUCAUUUGUAAUUCCAGAUGUAAAUAUUAUGAGAAAUAAAAUGAUAACAGAUACAAAAUUGACAGUGUAGGUGAAUUAAUGGCUAUUUUAAUGGCUUUAGAGUGGACUGAGGAAACUAGAGAGAGGGAGGUUUUAAUUUGUUCAGAUUCAAUAAGUAUUAAUAAAUAUUCUAGAGUUCAAUUCAGAAUCAAGGCAAGAUAUUAUAUUGGAUAUAAGUCACUCAAUAUUUAGGAUUAAAAAUGAUGUUUCUCAUGUUAAACUAGUUUGGAUUCCUGCCCACAUUGGUGUGGUAGGAAAUGAGUUGGCUGAUAGUUUUACUAAGAGUGCUGCAAAAAAUAAUAUUGUUGAUUUAAAUAUUAAAAUAAGUAAAAAUCAGGUAAAGUAUAUUAUUAAAAUGUAUAUCAAGAAGAAAUGGUAAGAAUAGUGAGAUAGAGGAGGCAAUGCUAGGUUUUAUUAUAGUAUCCAAAAAAGUUGGGGAAUUUAGGAAAUGUAAUAGAAUCAAAAAAGAAGAUGUUAUAUCUAGAAUAAGUUGGACUUUCAGGAUUAAAUAAUACUCUUAAAAUAAUUAAUAAACAUAAUACAGGUUGUUGUAAUUAUUGUGGAAAAUUAGAAACAGUCCAGCAUAUUUGUUUUUUAGAAUGUAAUAAAUGUGUUCAGGAAAGAAAGGUGUUACUUAGAGAUUUCAGUAGGAAUAAAAAUAAAUGAGAUAUUAGGGAAUAGUUUCAGAGAUCAUCUGCAGUAUUUUUAGUUUCCUAGCAGAACGGGAAUCACGGGGAGAUUUUAACAGCGACACGGAUGAUUCACACUCCAAUCCGGAAGGUGGCGGACCGCAAAUACAAGUUGUUUGCCAACCGCCAUAAAAAAAAGAGAAGAAGAAGAAGUUAGCAGCAUGCUAGCUGUGCUAACAGGAGGGUUCGGGUUCUAGAAGUCCUCUUCGGGAUCAGAGAAUUUCAUCUGGAUCUGCUCGGGCGUUCCAGAACUGGAACCGGAACCGGAACAUGAUGGCUCGUCCUGCUGGUUCUGCCGGCGGUCUGGACCAGAAGGUUCUGCAGUAUGAAGCUUUCAUCAACGACGUUCUGAGGAGAGACCUGCGGGCGGUGUUAGAGCAGAGGGAUCGUCUCUAUGAGAAGAUGUCUCACUACCUGCAGCUGAAGAACGCCAUCCAGAGUCUGGAGGAGGCGGGGCCUCAGCGGCUGAAGGCAGACGUGGAUCUGGGCUGCAGCUUCUUCGUUCAGGCCCGAGUGGACAAUCCGUCCAGGAUUCUGGUGUUGGUCGGGUUCGGGUUCUUCGUGGAGAUGAGCCACCAGGAGGCGCUGCGCUUCAUCGACAAGAAGACCAAUCAGCUGACGCUGGUCUGCGGGAGCUGCAGGGGCUGGAGGAGCUUCCAGACGUCUGCAGGAAGUCUGCUGCUGCUGCUCAGCUCUGAUUGGACGAUGAGGAGGAAGAAAAGGAGGAGCCUCUUCAUCAGGAGGCAAAUGAUCUCCAACUGGACACACAGUGGAACCAACUUCUUCUUAGACGUAAACGGAAACAUUGAUGACAUCUACUUCCUGUUGCUGCUCAAACAGGAAGUCCUCCACAUCACUGAGACAUUUCAAAAUAAAAUGUCAGGAAGUGGUUUUGUCUGGUAAACAGAAUCAGCUGAACUGAAGCUGAAGAAACAAACAUGAACAAGUUCUCGUCUUUUUGCUGUUUGUUGUGUUUUUUUAUUGUAAAUUUAAUAAAGAAU